UAACUUAUUAACCAAAGAUUAUUAUUUUCAUGUUGCUUUUGUUUGUCCUCUUUAGGCUUCCGUGAUGAACUGAUGGAUCCAAUGCAUUCUCGUUUGCGUAUUUGUUUACCCGAGAGGGUGCAAAUUUAGGCAAAUAGGGCUUUGUCCCCCCCAAGAGAAAAUCUCACAUUGCACUGUCACGUUGAAAGCGGUUGUGACACCGUGCGCGCGCCCCUCCGCGAGCUCCCUCCGCCGGCGUCCCAUCCAGAUUCCACAUUCCUUUAAACAGACGCUGCGAGGGGGCGUGCUCGCUGGAAGUCGGUCCUUUCUCUCCAAGAGGGACGCCUUCCACACAGCCUACUGAGAUUCACCAUGGCUUCUGCACUGAAUUUCUCCCCUUUUGUGCUGUAUUUCGUCUCUCUGUCGCUGCUCUUUGCCGGUGUGUUUUGCGACGACGACGCGGAUGAAGACGACCAUGCCAAGCACACGUACACAGUGGAUAUGUUCAACGAUGCGAUACCCACUGCUCCCCACUUUGUCAUGUUCUACGCUCCUUGGUGUGGCCACUGUCAGCGACUGCAGCCAGCGUGGAAUGAGCUGGCGGACAAGUACAACAGCAUGGACGACCCCCCGAUAUACGUGGUGAAAGUCGACUGCGUCCAGGACACAAAGUUCUGCUCCAACAAUCACGGCGUCAGAGGUUACCCCACGCUGAAGUUGUUCAGGCCCGACCAGGAAGCGGUCAAGUACCAGGGUCCCAGGGACCUGAACUCCCUGGAGACGUGGAUGCUGAAGACGCUGCAGGAGGAUCCCUCUGUGAGUGCCGGGUCCCUGAGUGGGCAGACGGGUGGUGCUGAUGAGGCAGAAAGGCUGCUCACACUCUGUGUUGUUGUUGUCGUCCCCCCCCUUACAAAGGAACCGGAGGUCGAAAUGGAACCCCCCAAAGCCCCUGAGCCCAAACAGGGCAUGUACGAGCUCACUGCCCUGAACUUUAAGGACCACGUCUCCAAAGGUGCUCAUUUUGUGAAGUUCUUCGCCCCCUGGUGUGGCCACUGCAAAGCCAUGGCGCCCACCUGGGAGCAGCUGGCCAACAGCUUUGAGCACUCGGACGACGUAAAGAUUGGAAAGCGUAAUAACGGCGCCCGUCUGCUUCUGCUGCAGGUGGACUGCACGCAGCACUACGAGGUGUGCUCGGAGAACGGCGUGCGCGGAUACCCCACGCUGCUCUUCUUCCACAACGGCCAGAAGACGGAGCAGUACAGAGGAAAGAGAGACUUGGACUCUUUUAAGGACUUUGUGGACACUCAGCUGAAGGUUGCGCUCACCCAGGAGGAAGAGCAGGAGCCAAACGAGGAACAAAAAACAGACGAGAUCCCGACCGAAGAGCCGGCCAAAGAGGAAACAAAGUCCAGCGUGUUGGUCCUGACCGAGAGCAACUUUGAGGAGAGCGUGGCCACGGGGUUCACCUUCAUCAAAUUCUACGCUCCGUGGUGCGGCCACUGCAAGAAUCUGGCCCCAACGUGGGAGGACCUCUCCUCCAAGGAGUUUCCCGGUCUGACCGACGUCAAAAUAGCCAAAGUGGACUGCACCGUGGAGCGCACGCUCUGCAACAAGUUCUCUGUGCGCGGCUACCCCACCCUCAUCAUGUUCAGAGCCGGCCAGCAGGGCGACGAGCACCACGGUGGGCGGGACCUGGAGAGCCUGCACAACUUUGUGAUGAGGCAGGCCAGAGACGAGCUGUAGGACGCAGGCCGGGCCUGCGACCCCCCCGCCCCCCACCGCCGCACAUCCGGCCGGCGGGACGCCGGCGGCCGCAUCAAUCUCUCUUCAGAAAGAAGACAUCCAGCAGCAGGCUCAACAGUUUGUUACACUCCUGCGUUCCAGGGACUCCACAGCCCAGCGUUCUUAAUGUGAAUGUAUUUCUGGAACCCCCCCCACCCACCAUCCCCUCCUCUUCCCCAGUUCAGCACGUCACUGAGCGUUUUGAAAACCACUGCAAAGCUCCUAAGCGAUAACCAAACUCUCGGCGCACAAUUAUGGCGAUUUAAAAGGCCGGCGCUAAAGUUUCUGCAUGUUUAAAAAAAAAAAAAAAAAAAAGCCAUUUGACUUUUCUACAUU